AUGGCCUCACCCGUGCUCCAGUCGCCCGACCUCCUCGUGGCGAUCGCAUCGUAUCAAGAAGGACUACCGGAAGACUUGGCCAUCAUCCAGCGCCUCGCCGACGCCGUCGACCUCACGCCGUGCUCGUCGUUUGCAAAUUGUAACCAAACGGGGUACCUCGCCAACGUCCCGGCCCGGUUCGCGUCGUUGCCGUACCUCCAGCGGUAUCCACACCCAUCGACCAAGCUUUCUCACCACGCGCUCUUCGUCUCACCGCGUGUUUACGACCGUGCUCUCGCGCUCCAUCUCUCAAUUGUCGAAGGCGACGUGGCGCUCGUCCAGCGCUGGCUGCGAUGGGACCCCUCGUUGUGCACGGCGGCGACGCUCGAGCUUACUGCUGCUGCGUCCCAAGGUCCGAUUUUGCGUCUUUUAUUGGCGCAGUUUCCAGCGCUGGCCACUGCAAAGAUGAUGGACCUCGUCGCCAUGUCGGGCGACCUCGAGCUUUUGAUAUGGCUCCACGAGGCAGGUGCUGCGUGCACGUCGGCGGCAAUGGACGGUGCGGCCAUGAAUGGCCACGACGACGUUGUCAUUUUCCUGCACUCGAUGCGCACCGAGGGCUGUACGAUUGUGGCGGCGACGGCGGCAGCGGUCCGCGGUCAUGCGUCGAUCGUGCGAUUUCUUCUCGAGCGGCGCACCGAAGGCAUUCAGCCGUCACUCCAAUUCAAAGUACCACAUGGCGAGCACACGACGCUCAGCGUCUGUGGCUCUACCCAUCUCGAGGCCGUCGACCUUGUUGCAGCCACCGUAGAGCUGACGGACGCAGCAAUCAAAACAAUCGUGAAGACAGCGGGUCUGAUGGCGCUGCAGCACGUCUACACAUGUGGGUACCUAAAGAAGAUGACCAAGCCGUUGCUCGAGCUCGCUGUCGCCACACAAGACCACGCGAUGCUGCGCUACGUCCUUGGCUGCAUCGACCAAGAGAACCCGCGGGCUCCCAGUGACGACGAGUGGCUCCCACCGGAUGCACCAAGAGAGACCGUCUCCCUAGAGUCAUAUCGCGAUGGUGGUAGUCCGUUCGAUCGAUGGGAACACUGCAACGUGAUGGAGCUCGCGGCGUUGAACGGUGACAUGACGUCGCUGAAGCUUUUGCACGAAAGCCGCCUUCGCGUCGGAUCGAGCCGAGCGCUCGUCUACGCGGCCUACCGCGGUCACAUGGACGUGCUCGAAUGGCUGCACAAGCACCGGAGCGACGGCUGUGACGAAGACGCGAUGGCACUCGCCGCCGCCCGUGGCCACUACGACGUCGUGCGCUGGCUCCACGAGGUCUAUGGACUUUGGCGGACCCACGCCGCCUUGGCCACUGCGGCGUAUACGGGCCACCUCCCGAUGGUGACGUACCUCUUGGACGUACCGACGGGCGGCGUCGACACGUGGACUGACCCAGCCGACGAGAAUAGUGGCCUAGGAGCGAUUUUGCCGGCGCGAGAUGGUGAUCUUGGCGGCUCGUGGAGCGACUACGUCCGAGGGUCGGCGGUGCACUGGGCAGCGAGCCAAGGCCAUCUCGAGAUCCUUCAGCUGCUCGUCGCCCGGGGCCACGAGGUGCCGCCUCGAGCUAUUGACAACGCUGUGGAGAACGGUCACUUGCACAUCGUGCGCUACCUUCAUGAGGGUUUGGACCAACGCUGCAACCGCCGAUCGAUCGUGGACGCUGUCUUGAAGCACCACAUCGACGUUGUCGCGUACGUACUCUCCCACCACUGCUGGCAACUCGGUUCACCCAUGUUGGACGACGAUGAAAGCGACAUCACCUUGCACAUGCUGCUCAUGGCCACCGCGCACAGCGGUCGCCUCGACAUCUUGGAAAUCGUUUGCGGUGCGUUUCCCAUCCAUUUACCAACGCAGCUGCCGCGUCGCGUCUCGGAGCGCAUGAUGAUCCGCGUAGCGUCCUACGGCCAUCUCGCCAUGCUCCAGCAUUUGCACAACGUCUGUGGCUUUGGAUGGACGUCGGUGGUCCAAGAAGCAGCAAUCCGUCGCGGCCGUAAGAAGGUAUUGCGCUACUUGAGCACGCUCGGGCCCGCCGACACCUCCGUCUACGACGCCGACGAGCGAGAUUUGUGGCGAGAAAUGAGUGACUUCAUCGUCUCGAUGACGGUAAUCGAUGGCCACUGGCGCGUGAGACCCAUGUAUAACUGA